GUGGUUGAGAGAGGGCGUGGAUCAGGACCCGAGCAGACAGGCAAAGAUACAGGCGUAUGAAGAGGCACAGGUCUCCCCGUCCGCCGCAGCCCGGAACCUGGCUCUGCCCCCACGGCGUGGUGGACGUAGCCUUCGGCUGGUAUCCUUCAACGUCCACUUUCAUAGGGACUGCCGGAUGAAGCCGAGUAUGGCUCGCAUCCUGGAGGCCAUUGAGAAGUUGGAUGCCGACGUCAUCGCGCUCCAGGAGGUUGGAAUACCGGACGGCCUCGGCGAGAGUGGAAGGUGGUCGGCGAAGGAUGGCGAGCUCACCCCUAAGAAGGUCGGAUCUCCACCUGAUGCGGCCGACGCGGCGUCGCUCGUUGAGGCGAUGUCGAGGCAGCUUUUCGACAGCACGGGGGUCGCUUUGGGUUCCGCCAAGACCAAGGAGGACGGCGCUGUCCUCCUGAAGCAUCUUUCCGACUUGGGCUACCGUGAAGGUGUUUACUCGCCGGCGUUUCGAAGCGGCAUCGCCGGUUUCACCUGUGGAAAUGCCGUGCUCUCGCGCUAUCCGCUGGAGCAAGCGACCACUGUUAUGCUAGACAG